CUCAGAUUCAUAUUUUAAAUGCCACAUGUAUUGUUUUGGCGGUGCCCCUUCUCCACAGCGCUUCGCAACUCUCCUCCACUUCGCAAGUCUCCUCGUUACAUCGCAGCGCUCCUCCCCUCCCCACAGUUAGCCUCCAGCAUCAGCUCCAAGUCCUGCUCGGAUCUUAUACCCUCCGCAUGACAGAGCUCCGGCAGCAACAGUUCCGCUUCUCCCUUCUCUCCUCCGCAGCAGCUUGGUGAACACCCCUGCCAAUUUGGAAAAAGGUCACUUGGCGAAGAGAAUCAGUUGUGCUUUCAAGGCCUUCAGGCACCAUCUUCAACAGGAAAUUUGGGUUUAUCCCUCUUGGCUGCAGAGAGCAAGGAGGAGGAGGAGCAGGUAGAGGAGGAGCUAAUGGAGGAAGAGGAUGAUGGAACUUAGAAAGGGAAGACAACUCAAACGGAAGCCCCUCUCUGAUACCACCAAUUGCCAAACCACCACUCCACCACCCGCACCACCGCUGAGUUGCGUUGCCGCCUCCACUGGCAUCACAGCCACCACCAGCAAAAAGAGAGGGCUAGUCUCUGGAGGGAAGCCCCAAUUCGAGAGUUCGAUUGUUGCUUCUGGUUCCAGCGGUCACCGUUCGAAAGAUGAGGAACGACAAAAGGAGAAUCAAUCACCAGCUUUCUCUUCCUCCUCCUUUGCGUCCCCAGGAAUUUUGGCGUCCGAGGUUUCUUACAGUGAACAGGUGUACAAGAGGCGAUGUGUGGAUCUGCAGAGGUUGUCGGUGAUGGAUUCCUUGAGUUGUCCACCUGGUGUCAAGGACGGCGAUAAUCAGCUUAGGAGUAAUAAAGAGGGACAAUGUGAACCUGGUUCAUCUAUGAUGGAAAGUUCUACGGCUUGUAUGAUGAUGCAAAGGCAUUAUGGGAAGGCAGCAUCGCAUGAUAGGCAAUCUAGGAUGUGCAGGUCUGCACUGCCCAUGGUAAAACAAAAGAAUUAUGGGAAGGCAGCAUCGAAUGAGAAUAGGCAAUCUAGGAUGUGCAGGUCUGUGCUGUCCAUGGUAAAACAAAAGGUGGUGAACGUGUUUGAAAUUUUCUGGUAAAGCUGCAGAUCCUUGUCGCUUUCUAAUGACUGCAAAUCAGUUGAAUGUUGACUGCUUACCUUUAAGUCUAAAUACAAUCCAAUUAUCGAACAAAUUUGGACAUUCAUAAAUCAGUUGCAUUAGGUACUUUUCUUCCUGUCCUGAUGGUGUAGUUUUUCAAUGAAGAUAGCUAGUUGUCUGCAUGCUAGAUUACCGUAUCUAUUUGGAGAUUAGAGAAAUCCGUGGUUAGACUGCAUUUAAUAUGUUUGAGAACUGGGAAUGCUCAUAUUUUGUUGAAUAAAAGCAUCAUCUGCAUUACGCUUGCUGGACUAUACUGAUUAGGGUGGUUUUCUGGUUCUCUCUAACGAUGCCUUCCAUGGCAACUCUGAGCAAUGUAUCCUAGACCCUUAUUGGCUUUAGAUAAACCAUCUGAUUUCUUUUUUGAAUGCUGAAACGAAGAAUUGCCAGGAGCAAUUAACUUUCUGUUCAGGACAGUUACUAUCAUUGGCGACUUUGGUGCUCUUUGAUUGCUUUCAAAUAUCAAAUUAAGAUAGCAAUGGGAUUCACUGUUUGCUGUUUGUUCUCCUAAGAUUCUUAAAUGCAGUUAGUGCAUAAUUUUGUAUCUUUCCCUAUUCCCUUUGUUUCUAUCAUUUUUUUAGUGCUGGAUGUCAGUUAAUCCCUUGUAUGGUCACUGCAUUAUU